GAAUCCCCCACACUAGACUACUCUAGAUUUAUCGGCGAAGAUCAUACCAGCUAGCGGCGAGUAACUGCUAGUUGCCCUCGCUUAUUGAAGACGGGCGUAUCGGUGAGAGAGAAGGGGGGAGAGAGAGAGAAAGAGAGAGAGAAAGAGAGAGAGACAUGGGGUGUGCCUGCAGGCCCGUUUUCCUUUGGGGAAAUUGUGAAUUUACCCCUGCUGCGGCCAUCUCUACAGCUUCCUGUUCCAGUGGUAAAACCCCUGCGACUAAACCCCUGCUGCACAGCCUGCACCACACCCUACUGUUCUCCCUGCAUCGUCUCCGGGCUUCGUUUCCGCGCGCUGCAGCCGCCGCGGCCACCGCCGGCGGAACAUUCCCCUUUUCUGUUAUCAUCAGAAACCCUACUAUUUCUCCGCUUCAUUUCCGUCUCCUUCGGCAGUUGGAGCAGUUCGACGGCGGCGGUGGAAACUGCAACAAUGGCAACAACAACAAGAUCAACGGCGGCAGUGGCGGCGGUUGGAAUUCCUCCGGGGAUUCCGAGGAUGGGUCCUGGCGGGAGGACGGUUCUUCCUGUGCUUGCCAUCCCUUUGACUUUUUCGUCUUCUUUUUGAACUGCUCCCGCGCGCUUGCAUGCGAUGGUGAUUUAACACCGUCUUCGCACAAGUGGCCUUUCUUCUUCCUUUUGUCUGCAUUAGGAUGCUUCCUCUGUUGCUUGCUUAUAGUCCCGGCUGCUGCGCUUGCAAGAGUUAGUUCUCCAUGCGACGAUAAAGAGAACCGGAAGGAGGAGGAGGAGGUUGUUUGGGAAGUGAGGGGAGGCAAGUGGACCAGGCUUAUCCGUGAUCCUUCGAAGGAUGAUGCAUUUGUAGCUUCUGGGUCAUCAUUAUCAUUGUCGUCGCCUUCCACUACUUCUGAAUCAUUCUCAUCAUCCCUUGGCAUAGAACCCAAGAACUUGUUGUUGCAGUGCAGGGAUAUCUUGGUGCGUUUGAUGCUCCCGGAGGGUUUUCCUCAUAGCGUCACCAGCGAUUACCUGGAUUACUCUCUGUGGAGAGGGGUCCAGGGUGUCGCCAGCCAAAUCAGCGGUGUUCUUGCUACCCAGGCUUUGCUAUUCGCAGUUGGUCUGGGAAAGGGGGCGAUUCCGACUGCUGCAGCCGUUAAUUGGGUUCUCAAGGAUGGCAUUGGGUAUCUUAGCAAAAUUCUUUUGUCAAAAUAUGGGCGACAUUUUGAUGUCAAUCCCAAGGGAUGGAGAUUGUUUGCAGAUUUUUUGGAAAAUGCUGCCUAUGGAAUGGAGAUCUUGACUCCUGCAUUUCCUCAGUUCUUUGUUUUGAUUGGUGCUGCAGCUGGGGCAGGACGGUCAGCUGCUGCGCUGAUACAGGCUGCUACAAGGAGCUGUUUCUAUGCAGGCUUUGCUGCUCAAAGGAAUUUUGCUGAGGUUAUAGCUAAGGGUGAAGCACAAGGAAUGGUGAGCAAGUCUAUUGGCAUCAUGCUUGGCAUUGUGUUGGCCAGUUCUGUUGGAUCCUCCACGACUCUUACCCUUCUUUCAUUUGGUUUGGUGACUUGGGUCCAUAUGUUCUGCAAUCUGAAAUCCUAUCAAUCCAUUCAAUUGAGGACUUUGAAUCCAUAUCGUGCGAGUUUGGUCUUUAGUGAAUAUCUGCUUACCGGCCAAGUUCCUUCAAUUAAAGAGGUCAAUGACGAGGAACCACUUUUUCCAGUUCUACCAAUUCUUAAUGCGAACCAUGUUUCUAAAGUAAAAUCAGCAGUACUAUCCGCAGAAGCCAAAGAUGCAGCAGUUGAAAUUGACCAUCGACUGCAGCUGGGUUCCAAGCUUAGUGAUGUUAUUAGUAACAGGGAAGAAACAGCUGCAUUGUUUGAUCUAUACAGAAAUGAAGGCUACAUAUUAGCUGAGCGUCAGGGAAGAUUUUGUGUGAUACUCAAAGAGAGUUCCUCCCUGCAAGACAUGCUCAAGUCUCUGUUCCAUGUCAACUAUUUGUACUGGUUGGAGAAAAAUGCAGGAAUUAAAUCAAGGAGCACACUUGAGGACUGCAGACCAGGGGGUAGGCUGCAAAUUUCUCUGGAGUACGUGCAAAGGGAAUUCAACCAUGUAAAGAGUGAUGGGGGAUCGGCAGGUUGGGUCACUGAUGGGCUUAUUGCAAGACCUUUGCCCAAUAGGGUCUGCCCAGGUUAUGUUGCUUCUGGACUUGCAAGCUGAUAUAUCCUGUGGAAGAUGAUUCCUCACGUGAUAUCGGAUGGCAUGCUUCUCUCUCCAUGGGCGAAGACAUGGGGAGGUGCCUUCUGGUCCUGGUUGGAGUGCCUGUCUUCACUUGCCUUUGUUGAGUUCAUCAUCCCUUGCUUUUAAAGAUCACAAGGAUGGUUCCGCAAAAGAAUGUUAAAAGAGCAAGUUCUCAAGACGAGGAAAAUGAUGGAACUGUCACUUCCCCUUGAUAAGACACUCGUGGAGAUUCCUGGCCAUUGAAGGCUACAGACAACAGAGCUGAUUGGCACUUGAAGCUGUUCAUUGUCGCAGAAUUAUCCUGCUCAAGUUUAGUUCUUAUGCAAUGAAACUGCAUCACUAACACAUGAUCUAUGAAAAGAAAAGCGGAACUGAACAAAAUCAAUUUUUUGAUGAGAUAUAUAUGCUUUCAAUAGAUCUCUCAAUGUUUGCUUUUUUGAGAUUUGAGGCAGACGAUUUAAUGAAUGAGUUUGAGUA